AUGGAGGCCAAGACGAGGAGCCAAGAGACGGCCGCCGACGAGAGCACCCGGCCAGCGCCGCCGGCGCUGCCAUGGUCGGCGCGGCUCCAGAUCUUCGCGCUCAGCGCCGCCACCGACCUCGCGCAGCGCAGCAACGGCACCGUCAACCGCUUCCUCUUCAAGCUCGGCGACAGGCAGACGCCCGCGAGGCCGCGCCCGGACGCGCUGGGCAUCCGCUCCAACGACCUCACCGUCGACGCCACGCGGAACCUCUGGGCGCGCGUCUACUCCCCGGUGGCGGAGGCAGCCGGGGCGGGGCCUCUCCCCGUCGUCGUGUACUUCCACGGCGGCGGCUUGACGUUCCUCUCACCGUCGUCCUUGCCGGUGGACGGCAUGUGCCGCCGCUUCUGCCACGAGCUGGGCGCCGUGGUCGUCUCCGUCAACUACCGCCUCGCGCCCGAGCACCGCUACCCGGCCGCCUACGACGACUGCGAGGAGGUGCUCCGCUACCUCGGCGCCACGGGGCUCCCCGCCGACAUCUCCGUCCCGGUCGACCUCUCCCGCUGCUUCCUCGCCGGGGACAGCGCCGGCGGCAACAUCGUCCAUCACGUGGCCCAGCGGUGGACGUCAUCCCCUCCCUCCAACAACCCCGUCCGCCUCGCCGGCAUCAUCCUCCUGCAGGCGUACUUCGGCGGCGAGGAGCGCACCGAGGCGGAGCUGAGGCUGGAGGGCGUGGCGCCGUUGGUGAACAUGCGCCGCUCGGACUGGUCGUGGAGGGCGUUCCUGCCGGAGGGUGCCGACCGGAACCACCCGGCGGCGCACGUGACGGGCGAGGCCGGCCCGGAGCCGGAGCUGCAGGAGGCGUUCCCGCCGGCGAUGGUGGUCGUCGGCGGGCUCGACCCGCUGCAGGACUGGCAGCGCCGGUACGCCGCCAUGCUGCUGCGGAAGGGGAAGACGGCGCGCCUGGUGGAGUUCCCCGACGCGAUCCACGCCUUCUACGCAUUCCCGGAGCUCCCCGACGCCGUCAAGCUCGUGGAGGAAAUCAAAGCCUUCAUGGACAGCUACGCGUCCGUUCACUGAUUGCUCCGCUAGCUGCUUGAGACGAGCUCGAACUCGCGCGCACGUCUACUCACUGUUCCGUCAUAAAUGAUCUGCAUGUGCGCCGUUGUCCGAAAAAGAUGAUCUGAAUGAACUUAUGUGUUCUGAACUUA